CUUUACUUAUGUCACAGGCAUAAUAAAACAUGACUUCAUUAUAUAAGGGGCUAUGCUUAAACUGAAAGAGAAGUAGGAGAGAGUUAUGGAGAUGUGAAUGGACCUAUUUUGAGCUGUGAGGCUACAUUUUAAGGUACCUACUUAGAUUAUAAGCCUGAUGUGAACUCCAAGAGUUCAAUAAUCAUGACUAUUCAUACACCUUGCCUGCUGUGUCUAGCAGAUCAAAUGAGGAAACACUAACCUUGCGGCUGACUGUAGAAAUUAGAUCAAUUUAGAGGAGUGGGAACACAUGUUUGUUAUCAAGAGACUCACAUGUGUCAUUGUGGGAAUAGGAGCAGAGACCUUGGUCCUUUGAGAUUGCUUUCUUAGACAUAAAAGUGGGACGCUGGUGAGAGAAGCACACAAGUAGACAUGAUUAUUUCACUCCUCUGUCUGCCAGAUCCCUAGAGCAUCAGCUGGUGUUCCAGCAGCUUGUUCCCCGAGCCUCCUGAGUAGCAUUAUAGAGAGGUCUGUUCCAGAAAGCGAAAGCCAGAUCCAGCUGCCCUCCUGGAGCAGAACAACACAAUUUCCAGGCUGUUCCUGUGGCCUCUCCCUCUUCCAGUCUGCCCCACUUGGUGUCAGCGAUGAGCUCCUGCAACUUCACUCACGCCACCUUCAUGCUUAUCGGUAUUCCAGGACUGGAGGAAGCUCACUUUUGGUUUGGCUUCCCCCUACUUUCCAUGUACGCUGUAGCAUUGUUUGGAAAUUGCAUUGUGGUCUUCAUCGUGAGGACAGAGCGGAGCCUGCAUGCGCCCAUGUAUCUUUUUCUCUGCAUGCUGGCAGCUAUUGAUCUGGCUUUGUCCACCUCUACAAUGCCCAAGAUUCUCGCCCUCUUUUGGUUUGACUCCCGGGAGAUUACUUUUGAUGCCUGUCUCACCCAGAUGUUCUUCAUUCACGCUCUCUCAGCAAUUGAAUCUACCAUCUUGCUGGCCAUGGCCUUUGACCGGUAUGUGGCUAUCUGCCACCCACUGCGUCACGCUGCUGUGCUCAACAAUACAGUAACAGUCCAAAUCGGCAUGGUGGCUCUGGUCCGGGGAUCCCUAUUCUUUUUCCCACUCCCACUGCUGAUCAAGCGACUGGCCUUCUGCCACUCCAAUGUGCUCUCCCACUCCUAUUGUGUUCACCAGGAUGUGAUGAAGUUGGCCUAUACAGACACAUUGCCCAAUGUAGUCUAUGGUCUAACUGCCAUUCUGCUAGUCAUGGGUGUAGAUGUCAUGUUCAUCUCCUUGUCCUAUUUCCUGAUUAUACGAGCAGUUCUGCAAUUGCCUUCCAAGUCUGAGCGAGCUAAGGCAUUUGGAACCUGUGUGUCACACAUUGGUGUAGUCCUGGCUUUCUAUGUCCCACUCAUUGGCCUGUCAGUAGUGCACCGUUUUGGAAACAGCCUGGAUCCCAUUGUGCAUGUUCUCAUGGGCGAUGUCUACCUGCUGCUGCCUCCUGUGAUCAAUCCCAUCAUCUACGGUGCUAAGACCAAACAGAUCAGAACACGGGUGCUGGCUAUGUUCAAGAUCAGUUGUGACAAGGACAUUGAAGCUGGAGGAAACACGUGACCCUUACCGUUCUAUCACCCUUGUCCUACAUGGCUUAAUAUAAUGAUUAAUAAUUCAUCACACCGGCCUAACUCCAGUCACCCAAAAGCACAUUAGUGCUUUAACCUGAAUGGGACAGUGAACUAAAGUAUGGUUUAUCUUCAUCAUGGAUACAAUGUGAAAUAUCUAUCAUGUGUUUUAAAGCUUGUGCUAUAAAAUGAGACCCAUUGAUAAUACUAAAUGAAACAACUAGGAUUUGUGAUUUAAACUAAUUGUUUGUGAUUUGAAUGAGAUAUGUUGAAAUUACUAGCAACUUUUUUUAUUCCUACUUCCUUUGUUGUAAAGCUAUCUGUAAUGUUUAACUUCUGAAUUGUGGAACAUGGAGCUGACAGUAUGGUAGCCAAGGGUUUCCUCACUCAUUUCAAUGCUAUUAUUGACUACCCAGGAACAUAUAUGAGCUCUAAAUAAUAUGGCUCAUGAAUGUAUCAUGUAAUGUGUUCCAGUCCCUGCGUUAAGUGCUUUUCAGACUUUCUGUGAUCUUGCUCUUUUCCCAAGGAAGAUACCACUGUUGCCUGCCACAACAUGUGACAAAGACUUUAAUGAGUAAAGAAACUUUCUUGAAUGUUCUGUGCCAAGAUUUUAAAUUAAAUUGGAUAAUUGAAUACAUUUGCUUUACCACCAUGUUAUAUUGCUUCCUGUUUAACAUCUGCCAUCUAUUUCCUCUGCCUAUUACAAAUCCUGCUUUCUCUCUGCCGUGUGCUAGCAUGGACGUCUUUGUGUUUGUGGUAAGUGAUUAACCCUGUCCUGGUGGAGGGCAACAAACUGUUCAGCAUGACAGAGUAGCUGCUUCUUCUCAUAUGAACAGAGGAGAUUUAAAUUUUUUAGUCUCUUACAUAUCCUUGAUUGUGUCCUCUUUGUAUUGUGUCCUGUAGCUGUCAAAUCUCUUAAAUGUAUAACAUAAGAUAUUGUCUGAUUCUUGACUUAGGUAUCAAACAACAUAAUAAUUUAUCUUAAAAUGUUCAGUAUUAUUUUUACUGUUUUAAUGUUCAUAAGUAAUGUUGGGAGACAUGAGUGAUUUCCCCCAGUCCUCUUUACCAACAGUGCAAAGGGCCUGCCAGGUAUGGGUUGCACAACUAUAAAGAUGUUGAAUGAACUUAUGUAGAAUAUUCCCUUUGUAUUGAGUGGAUGAUGAAAAUAUUCUUAGAUUAGGUUAUUAAUGACACCUACAAAAUAAUGUUAAUAUAUUCGAUGUAUGCAUAAUGCUUAAAAUGCUGAGAUUUAUGUAGUAUGUAUCUGCCACAAUAAAAAAUUAUUUAAAAUAA